CUCACACGUGAACAAUCUCCCUCUCCUCAGAUGUGCUCCUUCAUCUCUCCUGAUAGAGUUUGACUCUGAAUCAUCAUCAUGUCUUCAAACAUGAGCCUCAAGACGAUGAAAUGGACCGUUGAGCAGCUCAAACUCGAAGCCAGCAUGGAGAGAAUCAAAGUUUCUCAAGCAGCUGAGGAUCUACUGAAGUACUGCCUCCAGAACGCCGGUGAAGACGCGCUCCUGUUCGGCGCCCCAAUCAGGUGUAAGCUGGUCAGAGUGCCGUGCUCAUGCACCCUGCUCUAGAAAGAAGGAGAGAGGAGGCUGAUCAAUGCAACAGCAUGACAUGAAACAUCAUGAGAUACACUGUGCAAAUCUGAGAAAACUGAUGCCUUAAAUUUAGUGGAUUUAGUGUGUAUUUGUCUUAUGUGUUAAAAUCUUUUUAUUUUAUGCCACAGAAUUAUAUGAAAUUGAAACAUUGACUUUAUGAAUUUUAGUUCAAUUUAAAACAUCAGUUUUCUAUAUGUGAAUCUGUGUUAAAGUGUAAUGUAUUUCUGUGAUGUGCAGCUGUAUUUUCAGCAUCAUUCCUCCAGUCUUCAGUGUCCUUACUUUCACUUUUGAUCAAUUUAAUGAAUCCUUAGAAUAUUAGCACUAAUUUAUUUUCUUUUUUUUAAUGUAACUUUUGAAUGGUUGUGCAUCAUGGUUACAACAUUAAUAAUCAGAAAUGUUUCUUGAGCAGUAAAUCAUCAUAUUAGAAUGAUUUCUGAAGAUCAUGUGACACUGAAGACUGGAGGAAUGAUGCUGAUAAUACAGCUAAUAUAUUAGAUUUUAACAUAUAGUCACAUAGAGAACAUCUAUUUUUAAUUCUAAUAACAUUUCACAAUAGUAAAGGUCAAAAUAAAUGCAGCAUUGAUGAGCAGAAGAGACAAAAACGUUAAAAAAUGUUUUGACUGGUACUGUAUUUUUUUUUUUUUUAUCCGUGUCUGUGUUUGUGUGUUGUUUAUGUAAUGGCUGUCCUCAUUUGUAAGUCGCUUUUGGAUAAAAGCGUCUGCUAAAUGAAUAAAUGUGAAUGUAAUGUAAAGAUCAUAAUGUAAAGUGUGGCUGAAGUGAUGCUUCUUCAGCGCCCCCUGCUGGAGGCUCUACUGCAGUACGGCUGUGUGUUGUGCGCCUGCGCAGUAAGUCAUCGUGAGUUGUUGUGGGCGGGGUUUGUGUGAGCGGCUGCGAGCCGCCUCAGAUCCGCUGUGGGUGUAGAUGGGUGUGAGACUCCAACACCACGCAAACCGCUCAAAAUAAACCCGGUGGAGACGUUAAGGCACAUAUACGGCUGCCUCUCCGCCGGGAGAGGAGGAGCAGCGGGAGGUUUCGCUUCCUGGAGAGCUUCUCUGAGCGGCGGAAUCGAGCCGGGCCAUGGCGCGGGACUAUGAUUACCUCUUCAAGCUGCUCAUCAUCGGCGACAGCGGUGUUGGCAAAAGCAGUUUACUGCUGAGAUUUGCUGAUAACACAUUUUCAGGAAGCUACAUCACUACGAUCGGUGUGGACUUCAAGAUCCGCACGGUGGAGAUCAACGGGGAGAAGGUGAAGCUGCAGAUCUGGGACACAGCGGGACAGGAGAGGUUCAGGACCAUCACCUCCACGUACUAUAGAGGCACUCACGGUGUUAUCGUGGUGUAUGACGUCUCCAGCGCCGAGUCGUUCGUCAACGUCAAACGCUGGCUUCAUGAAAUCAAUCAGAAUUGUGACGACGUCUGUCGGAUAUUAGUGGGUAAUAAGAACGACGAUCCCGCCUCUAAAGUGGUGGAGACCAAUGACGCGCAGAAGUUUGCUGAACAGAUGGGCAUCCGACUGUUUGAGACCAGCGCCAAAGAGAACAUCAACGUGGAGGACAUGUUCAACUGCAUCACUGAGCUCGUCCUGAAGACACGCAAAGAGUGUGUGGCCAAACAACAGCAGCAGAGCGAAGUCGUCAAACUGAGCAAGAGCAGCAAACGCAAGAAGAAGUGCUGCUAGUGGACACACACACACACACACACACACUCGAGCGAACUGACACGAGCAAGACAGCUUCACACACCUAACCCAACCCAUGAGAGACUAGAACUGAUAGAGAUUUACUAAUGAUGAGCUCGUUUGGACUUCAGGAGGACGCCUACAGACUCGAGGCCAAAUGUGCGCGACUGCAGCGAUCCGGAGCAGAUGUGAGCUGGAGAACAUCAGGAGUUAUGUGUUUUAAUCACAUCUUCACGGAUGGACCGAGCCUGCGCUGCUCUGCCAACAACCAAGAGACCCUCGUCUUGCCUUUUCGCUUUCUCUUUGUCUUUCAUUUUUGUAAAACUGUAUUUUUGUACUAACAGAUGAUACAAUCAGACACACACGCGUUCAGUGAAUCUGGUGCCAUUGACUGAGAGUCGGUGUAUUUACAGAGCUGGGAGGAAACGCUCGGUCUCACGAAAAAGUGUGGAUUUACGGGAGUAAUUAAUGCAGGAAUUACACACUCGGAUCAUCAGAGAUCAGGAUGAGUUUGUUUCUGCGUCAGAUCUGGAGAAAUGUAGCACUGCACCAAUGGAAGUGAAUGGGUGCCGUCAGAAUGAGAGUCUGAUAAACAUCACGAUAACCCACAGUCCAUCAGUGAACAUCUGGAGAAGACAAAACCUGAUGAAAAAAGAUGAUUUUAGAGAGUCUAUAAUCCAUAAUAACACUUCCUCCAGUGAAAAAGUGUUCCGGUCUGAAUCAGGAGAGAAAUCUGCACAGAUCAAGCGUGUGUUGAUUGUGAUGUGCUGACGGCACCCAUUCACUUCCAUUGAUGCAAUGCCACAUUUCUCUGAAAUCUGAUGACGAAACAAACUCAUCCUGGUCUCAGAUGAACUGAGCACAUUUUCAGCAUAUUUUAUUUUUGUGUGUACUGUUCCUUUAAAUGGAGUAAUUCACGCAGAAAUGCACAUUCGGUCUUCAUUCACUCGCCCUCGUGUCGUGUCUGUGGACCACAAGCGGAAAAGUAAAAGUGCUGAGUUAUGCGUUCUCUGAGAAGAGCAGCUUGAACAUUUCUCUAAACGUCUCCUUUCGUGUUUCACAUGAGAAAGUCAGUCAAACCGGUUUGAGAUGACGUGAAGGUGAGUAAGUGACGACAGACUGAUCAUUUCACUGAAUGGUUCUCAAGUCGGAGCCUGAUCUGUCCUUGUUCUCCGAGCUGAGAGAGAGAGACGACUCGUGUGACUGUAACCUGUUGUCUUUGACUCUUCUGAACACCGUCUAGUUUACUUUCGGGAAUAUCAAGAGACUGAAAACUGAAGACAUCACUCUCCGUCUUGUGGGAGCCAGUGAUUUGAGAUGUUGACAUGUCAUCUUCUGUUUGUAUGUGUAAUGAUCUGGUGUACACUGGAAAAGAGGAACUAUUACUCCUAUUCAUUGUCCCAACACGAGUCUAACGAUAAUAAAGGUUUUAAGAGAACACAA